AUGGAGACUGGCGCCGGUCCACACCCGCUGCGCCUGUUCGUCUGCCUGAUGCCACUCUGCCUCGCUCUGCUUCUGGGACCCGGGCGGCCCGGGACCGCCGAGGAAGUCAUCCUCCUGGACUCCAAAGCUUCCCAGGCUGAACUGGGUUGGACUGCACUGCCGAGUAACGGGUGGGAGGAGAUCAGUGGCGUGGACGAACAUGACCGUCCCAUCCGGACAUACCAAGUAUGCAACGUGCUGGAGCCCAACCAGGACAACUGGCUGCAGACGGGUUGGAUUAGCCGUGGCCGUGGGCAGCGCAUCUUCGUGGAACUGCAGUUCACGCUGCGGGAUUGCAGCAGCAUCCCUGGCGCCGCAGGCACCUGCAAAGAGACUUUCAACGCUUACUACCUGGAAACCGAGGCCGACCUGGGACGUGGGCGUCCCCGCCUAGGAGGCAACCGGCCCCGCAAGAUAGACACUAUCGCCGCUGAUGAGAGCUUCACACAGGGCGACCUGGGGGAACGCAAGAUGAAGCUGAACACAGAGGUGCGUGAGAUCGGCCCCCUCAGCCGGCAGGGUUUCCACCUCGCCUUCCAGGAUGUGGGUGCAUGUGUGGCGCUGGUCUCGGUGCGUGUCUACUACAAGCAGUGCCGUGCCACAGUGCGGGGCCUGGCGGCCUUCCCCGCCACGGCAGCUGAGAGUGCCUUCUCCACCCUGGUGGAAGUGACUGGAACGUGCGUGUCCCACUCAGAAGGGGAGCCUGGCAGCCCUCCCCGCAUGCACUGUGGCGCCGACGGCGAGUGGCUGGUGCCUGUGGGUCGUUGCAGCUGCAGUGCAGGAUUCCAGGAACGCGGUGACAUCUGUGAAGCCUGUCCCCCAGGGUUUUUCAAAGUGUCCCCAAGGCGGCCCCUCUGCUCACCAUGCCCGGAGCAUAGCCUGGCUCUGGAGAAGGCCUCUACAUUCUGCGUGUGCCAGGAUACCUACGCUCGCUCGCCCACUGACCCGCCCUCAGCUUCCUGCACCCGGCCGCCGUCCGCUCCACGGGACCUGCAGUACAGCCUGAGCCGCUCCCCCCUGGCGCUGCGGCUGCGCUGGCUGCCGCCUGCGGACUCCGGUGGCCGUUCCGACGUCACCUACUCGCUGCUGUGCCUGCUCUGCGGUCGCGACGGCCCGGCGGGCGCAUGCCAACCCUGCGGGCCACGUGUGGCCUUCGUCCCGCGCCAGGCCGGGCUGCGGGAACGAGCCGCCACGCUGCUGCACCUGCGGCCUGGCGCGCGCUACACCGUGCGCGUGGCCGCGCUCAACGGCGUCUCAGGCCCCGCGGCCGCCGCGGGAGCCACCUACGCGCAGGUCACAGUGUCCACCGGACCCGGGGCACCCUGGGAGGAGGAUGAGAUCCGCAGGGACCGCGUGGAGCCUCAGAGCGUGUCCCUGUCGUGGCGGGAGCCUGUCCCUGCUGGAGCUCCCGGAGCCAACGGCACAGAGUAUGAGAUCCGCUACUAUGAGAAGGGUCAGAGCGAGCAGAUGUACUCCACAGUGAAGACAGGGGCACCGGCUGUCACUGUCACCAACCUGAAGCCUGCUACCAGAUACGUUUUUCAGAUCCGGGCGGCCUCCCCAGGGCCUUCAUGGGAAGCCCAGAGCUUCAACCCAAGCAUCGAAGUGCAGACCCCAGGGGAAGUUGCCUCGGGGUCCAGAGACCAGAGUCCUGCUGUCGUUGUCACAGUUGUGACCGUCUCAGCCCUACUGGUCCUGGGCUCUGUGAUGAGUGUGCUGGCUAUCUGGAGGAGGCCCUGCAAUGGCAAAGGAAGUGGGGACGCCCACGAUGAAGAGGAACUGUAUUUCCACUUCAAAGUCCCGACACGCCGCACGUUUCUAGAUCCCCAGAGCUGCGGGGACCCGUUGCAGGCUGUGCAUCUAUUCGCCAAGGAGCUAGACGCCAAAAGCGUCACCCUGGAGAAGAGCUUGGGAGCAGGUCGGUUUGGGGACCUGUGCUAUGGCUGCUUGCAGCUGCCCGGUCGCCAGGAAUUGCCGGUGGCCGUGCACACCCUGAGGGAUGGUUGCUCUGACUCGCAGAGGCUCAGCUUCCUGGCUGAGGCCCUCACCCUGGGGCAGUUUGACCACAGCCACAUCGUCCGGCUGGAAGGUGUUGUCACCCGAGGAAACCCCUUGAUGAUUGUCACUGAGUACAUGAACCUCGGAGCCCUUGACGACUUCCUCAGGCAUCACGAGGGGGAGCUGAUGGCUGCACAGUUGAUGGGUCUGCUGCCUGGGCUGGCAUCGGCCAUGAAGUAUCUGUCAGAGAUGGGCUAUGUGCACCGGGGCCUGGCAGCCCGCCGAGUGCUAGUCAGCAGUGGCCUCAUCUGUAAGAUCUCUGGCUUUGGGCGGGGUCCCCGGGACCGAGCUGAAGCUGUCUACACCACCAUGAGUGGCCGGAGCCCAGCACUCUGGGCAGCUCCCGAGACGCUUCAGUUUGGUCACUUCAGCUCUGCUAGUGAUGUGUGGAGCUUUGGCAUUGUCAUGUGGGAGGUGAUGGCCUUUGGGGAGCGGCCCUACUGGGACAUGUCCGGACAAGAUGUGAUCAAGGCUGUGGAGGAUGGCUUCCGGCUGCCACCCCCCAGGAACUGCCCCUCCCCACUGCAUCGACUGAUGCUUGACUGCUGGCAGAAAGACCCAGGGGAGCGGCCCAGGUUCUCCCAGAUCCACAGCAUCCUGAGCAAGAUGGGGCAGGAGCCGGAGCCCUCCAAGUGUGCUGCGAACACCUGUCUCAGGCCUCCCACCCCCCUGGCGGACCGUGCCUUCUCUACCUUCCCCUCCUUUGGCUCCGUGGGUGCCUGGCUGGAGGCUCUGGACCUGAGCCGCUACAAGGACAACUUCUCUGCAGCUGGCUAUGGGAGCCUGGAGGCUGUGGCUGAGAUGACCGCCCAAGACCUAGGGAGCCUGGGCAUCUCUUCCGCUGAGCAUCGAGAAGCCCUCCUGAGUGGGAUCAACGCUCUGCAGAAUCGAGUGCUGCAGCUACAGGGUCAGGGGGUGCAGGUGUGA